UCACACGUGUGGAAAAGAUGGGCGGUCGGUCAUCACAUUCAUUAGCAGCACUGUAGCGCAUCGACAGACACGCAGACCAUCCAAGAAGGGCCACAGCUGCCGGCGACGAGAACAACACGCCGCAGAAGGUAGACAGACGGCUGCACACAGCGAACACACACAUGCACACCCCACACGUUCCGCAAUGUCCAGCCAUUGAUGUAGAUGUGUGUGGUACUUGCGAACACGGGGAAGAGGACGGAGGGAGGCCGAUCGCGAUGGCGCACACGUAUCCGUCUGAGUGUACAAUACACACACGCCUGCAGAAAGCGGAACGCACACAGAGAGAGAACCGAGAUGAGCACAGACGCUGUGAGCGAGUGAAUGAGUACGUACACGUGUACACAGACACGCAGAGGAAGGCAUCGCAGGCCAGUCGCACGCCCAACACGAUGCAUUACACAUACAGAUCCAUCACUCACUGUGCGCACCUCGUUUGUUCUCCUCGCCUUCGGUGACGACCGUGACGCACCCCUCGACGCGUAGACGAACCCUGUACACACACAACGAAGCAAAACACAGUGAAAUCGUCUCGUGACGGAUCUUGCGCAUUGUUUACUUGCGACCAU